AUGGAAUCACAUGAUAGCGACUACAGCCAGGAAGCGAAUUCUUCUCUGUUCUUUUUACACACGGAUAAAAAACGUCAACAUUUAGAUUUCAGUAGCAGCUGUAGUUCAAAUGAUUCUAUUCCGAUUAAAAAAAAUGAUAUACAGAAUUAUUUUCCUUUAGAAGCAGGAUCGUCAGUCUGCGAAAAUAAUGAAAUUGUAAAAAACAGUACAGAGACUGAAACAAUUUCUGAAAGUGAUUUUCAGAAGAUCUCUUCAUCGAGUGCUAUAAUUUGGAACUUUUUCACCCGAAUUGAAAAAGAUAAUGCAACAUGUAACACAUGUGGUACAAAAAGAAGUACGCCAACCGGUACUACUACAACUUUAAAAAAUCACCUUAAGAAACAUUUAAGUGCUCAUCAAGAAUAUCUACGACUAACAUCUUUAAAAGAGAAUAAUAUAAAGCGGAAGAAAACUAAUGAAGAAAGAUCGAAAACUAAUCUACUUAAAAAUUCUAAAGAAUCACUCAAACCAUUAUUUAAAAAUACGUAUUUUGAUUCAUCCAACAAGCGUGCCAAAGAUAUAACAAAAGCCAUUGCCCUAUUUAUUUGCAAAGGAUUGCAGCCUUUUAGUGUAGUUGAAGAAGAGGGAUUCAAAUAUUUAUUACAUAUCCUCGAACCGCGGUAUAAAAUUCCCUGUAGAAGUACAUUUUCGCGCACCAUUAUUCCUGAUCUAUACAUGACUUUACGAGAUGAAAUUUUUAACGAUUUUCAUAGUGCUAUAACACAUAUUGAAUCAGUCUCAAUUACGACAGAUCUGUGGAGUUCACGUGCCAAAGACACUUAUAUUGCUUUCACUCUUCAGUAUAUUGACGAAAAUUUUAAUAUGAAACAUUUUACAGCAGAUUGUAAGCCUUUUCCUGGUUCACAUAACGCAAUUGCAAUCUAUCAGAAAAUACAUGAAGUUUUGGAAGAUUUGAAUUUAAAUGAUGGACAUAUUUCUAAAUAUAUUGUAUCAGACAAUGGAGCAAACAUGGUGCGAGCUUUAUCUGAAUCUGAACUUAAGAUUCAAGAAUCAACCGAAGAAUCUACCCUUGAAUUUCUUUCUGUUAUAAGAGAAAAGUCUUGGCACCAUAUAAGAUGCUACAAUCAUACUCUCCAGUUGGCAAUAUCUGAUACUAGGAAAGAUGUGGGAGCUUCAAGCGUAAUCGAGAAGGUAUCGAGUAUGGUGGGUAGAUACAAUAAAAGCAGACCUGCUAGAGAAAGUCUUCAGUUUUUCCAAUCUGAACAUAAUUUACCUAAACAUGAGCUUUUGCAAAUGGUAGAAACAAGAUGGGAUAGUGAAUUCAUUAUGUUGCAAAGAUUUGUUGAGCAAAAAGCUGCGAUAAUUAGUAAACAGAGUAAAGCUGGAAUAGAUUCACUCACUGUCCAGGAAUGGAAGUUAAUUGAAGGAUAUGUGAAAUGCUAA